AUGUUGUCACGCAGCACAUGCAUCCGCGCAAUGACCCCGCGCGUCGCGCUCACGACAUUGGGUCUGACAUCCGUCUCCCUAUCGGAUAUUUCCCAGUCCCGAGUGAAGAAAGCGUAUAUUGCGCAGACGCUGCGUUGUCACCCCGACCUGCAUCCCGAUGACCCCGACGCAACGGAGAAAUUCCGGCGUCUCUCAGAGGCCUUCCGUGUGGCGUUGAAGUCACUUGAAAUGAAAAUGCACGCAGGGGGCACCGUGAAGAAUGUCUCUAUGGAUGACUCUCAAAGUGUGCUGGAUGCGCUGCGUCGCGCCAUCGUGACGUACCACAACUGCAGAGACGCUACACGCAGUGGCGGAGGGGGGGAAGAGGAGGAGGGGGGGGCACAUCAUGCAGAGGAGCGACUGGGCGCAUUUUAUUCGCACUCAUUGGAAUAUGUGUCGUCGGUUUGCCAAACGGAGGCGCUUGCCAUGCAGCGUGUGAAGCUGUUCUGCGACGAGCUUCCAGAGGUGCUCUGUGGAAAAUCGUGUGCCCUCUUUGAGGCGGUGGCAUUCUUCAACGCCCGCUACGUUGAGGCAAUGGCUCGCUGUGUCCUGCGGUUUUCAAAGAAUCUCCCUAUCAUCGUCAAUCGCGUGGUGAAGGGGCGAAAGAGGUAUGUGCGUUACACGUACAACAAGGCGAACUCCGGGGUUGGGACAGGCAGUCGACCCCACCAACAGCGCAUUGAGGAAAUGGCUAUGAAACCGCUUGUUCUUGUGGGGGCACUCCUGUUUAGUCUGAAACCGACUUUAACCGUGGACGCUUGUGCGUCGCGGUGUCACGAGGAUAGCCAGACGCCACCGGAUUCCCAGGAGGAGGUUAAAAGCACAUGUGGUGCCGUCUCAGAAAGGGAAAUAAAGAUCUGUGAGGAAUUGAAGUGCACCAUAUACCCCUCAGACUCAAUUGGGGAAAUCACAAAGAAACUUGGAAGGUGGGAGGCAGCGAGUUACGAGAGGUUGCAGCUAGAACUGGCGAUGGUGGACACCACCGCUUUGCUUUCAAAUAUGUUGGAUCUUCAUGAACACCCACUGACGGUCAUGCACCACCUGCAUCUCCCAAGGGAAGUCUCUGAAAAGGUCUCUCUCACUCUUCAAAAACUUGUUUGUGGGUUCUGCUACCAUUGCGAUGAACCCACAGACGAUGAAGCUGCAUCUGGGGAAGGGGGAAGACAAGUUAGUGAGAAACGUAUUGCGGAUGGAAUCCGUCGUUGCCGACAUUUGGCUGGUGUGACGGCGCCUUACAUUGAAGGAAAUAUCGCUCUGACUUGGAACAGCAAGACCCCGUUGGUCGAGAGCGCUGAGGAAGUAGCUGUUGGGGGCGAAGAUGGCGCCCGCUGGAAGUGUAGGGAAAAAGAUGAAGUAAAUCACGACAUUGUGGUUGCCCGUCACAUGUCAUGUUGCACGGCCGAAAUAAUACGCUUCUCCGUCGCCGUCAAGUUAUCUAAGGACAUUGGGGAAUUUCUGACCCGAUUGAUAGCUGCCAUGGAAAGCGUACAAGAAGAGGCCGAAUCCGCCAAUUCGUUGCUGCCACUGCUGCUUGAGGUGAGAAAAAAGGUGAUGAAUGAAGAAUUUAUCCCACAGGAAAUGAAACCGUGCUGUGAGGAGGAAAUACCUUGCUUAAAGACAAGAGGAAAGAAGGAAGAAGAAACAUCAACUGGAAUGCGCAAUGCACCAGGAGAAGAAACGAAACGUUACGACGCAACCAAGGAGGGGAUGAAGCUACACAUCUUUGCUGAUCCUGUCAAGAACGCGCUGCGCGAGGAUAAUAAAGAGGAGGAAACCACAGGCACCAUUAGAUAUUGUUAUCGAGGGCCAAUCCGUUGUUUCCCGCGCAUUUUCUCUAUGAGCACUGCGAAGGAGUUAAACUAUUGGCAGAUGUUGCAUGAGAACCGCGUCUAUUUGGCGCAGCACGCUCCCGCCAUGAAUCCCAUUAAUGUGUAUUAUAACUCUAUGCCGCAUAAUUCACGACAGCACGCCAUGCAUGCCGAGGAAGAUUCUUUCAAAGAGGAGUUAAUUGGAGGGUGGAUUGGCGAAGCUGAGGAUGGGGCAGAUGACGCCGUGAUCACAGAUAAGGAGUUGGAAAGCAGCCCCGUAUUCCGGGAAUGGUUACAGGACGUUGUGGAGCAAUCUUCGCUUAGCAGGGAAUGCCAUCGAAUUGCGAGUGAGGCCGGAGUUGGUUAUGUUAUGAGGGAUCCUGCGCUCCCGCUCCCGCAAUAUCUGUCAUUUGUAAAGAUAUUCUGCGCAGCUGCCGGGGUGCGUGGAAUUCUUGAAAGCAAAGCAUCCAGGACACGCACCGCCACCGCAGCAGAUACAGGUCUCACCAUCGUUGUCGGGACGGAGUGUGAUGUGCGAGAUGGUGGUCGCUUGCUCGUGCCUUGGUGGAUUGACCCAUCGAUUCUCUUGGCGUUGCUGCAAGACGACGCCCACGGUGGUGGGACCAGGCAGAUUGAGGAUGGUGCAGAACGGAUUUCUGCCACAAGUUCGAUUUAA